CUCCAACUUUCACUUCCUCCUCAAUUGCCCACUGAAUUGCGCAACUUCCUUCCAACCAAUCUCUCACCAAUCCUCCAGUGUGCAACCAAGCAAACAGCCGGGUGUCACACACACAUACAGAGCCAAAGGGGAUCUCCCCCUCACACCGUCUUCUCUCUCAUCCUCUCUUCCAUCCCUCCUCCUCUUCACCUCAUCACCAUCCCACCUCGGCCGAGCGCUCGAGGAUCCUACAAAAAUGUCGAACUACGAGACGGAGCACAACACGACCGACCCGGCCCUCGACAACAACACCACUCGCCGCCGUCGUCCCGACAUGUCCACUUUCUUCGCAACACUCGAAGAGAUCACCCCAGCCCCCGAUCACCGUCCCCAUGCUGUCCCGGUCCCGGGAGAUGUGAGCGCAGCUUUUUACUCGCUCGCAGAAGCCUUUGAGGUUAUGCGCCGCCAGGCAUCUGCUAUGCUCUCCGAGACCGGGGCCAGCACGGAUGGCGCCAGCAGUGAUGAUCUCCUGUCACAGAUGAUUCAGACUCUGCUUGCCGAAGCGGAUACUCCUCCCCGCGAGGUCGAGGGAGUGAGCGACGAAUUCUGCGAUAUGCUCGAACGUGUCCCCAAGGCAUCCCUCGACCCCUCCCAAACCUGUCCCAUUUGCAACAACCCGUUCCUCGAAGACGAGUAUCCCCUUGUGGUCCAGCUUCCCUGCCACCCCACCCACCUAUUCGACCUGGAAUGCGUGCGCCCAUGGCUCCGACUGCGGGGCACUUGCCCUCUCGACCGGGCUGACUUUGCUAAGCAGUUGCGGGAGAAGGCUGAGGAGCGCAGGAAGCUCGCGGAACAGGAUGACGAGGAGGAAUGGGAUGGCAUGUACGGUUGAAUUGCCUCGGAUGAAGAGGUGGAUUUGGCCCGAUCUGGCGUUUACGCAUGCAAUAAUGAUGCAUUUUCACGAAGGGCGAUGAGCGUUUUUAUCUAACGCCUAUGAAGGAUACAUACUUCAAUGAAUGCAUGAUGAUACCCACCUCGGUAUGACGGUCCCUAAUUUAGUUCCGGAAGUACAGCUCUCUAUCUUGCUACGCGGUGGAGAGGUUAAAUUCAAGAAAUGGAUUUGUAGAUUUCUCUAAACAGAGA